UCGUGUUCAGCCCGGCUAGCCAGCUCCUCUCCUCCACUUCACUCGUGCACACUGCACACGGCGGCAGCCAGCCAGGUGGACGCAGGCGCUCGGGUGGGUCACUAGCCAGGUCGCAAUGAGGCAGCUCAUCCGCCGGCUCUCCCGCGUCGGCGACGACUCCUCCUCGCCCCCGACGUCCCCGGCGAAGCGGCGGGGUGGGAAGGCGGCGGUGCCGCCGCAGGGGCACGUGCCGGUGCACGUCGGGGACGGGAGCGACGCCGAGCGGUUCCUGGUGCGGGCCGAGCUGCUCGGGCGCCCGGCGCUCGCUGAGCUCCUCGGCCGCGCCGCGCAGGAGUACGGCUACGACCACCAGGGCCCGCUCCGGAUCCCCUGCUCCCCCGCCGCCUUCCGCGCCGCGCUCGCCUCCGUCGCCGGCGACGGCUGCUAGCUAGCCAGCGAAUGGGCGAGAGGGCUCCGGGUUGCAGGAGCUCCAUCCGCCCGAACCCAGCCCAGGCGCGCGCGGCCCGGUUUAGCUCUCGCACGGGACCCGCCUUGUGUGCAUGCCACCGCCUGGAAGCUGGAAGAUUAGCUUUGGGUUUCGCAUUUCUUUUCUUUUUCCGGUUAUCGUUCGGUGUAAUGUACCACCUGAAACGGCUGUUUGGCUAGAAAACGGCAGUGUACUACUAGAUGUACUCUACCCAACUGGACUGCUUUUAACGAUCGAUGCACUCUCUA